UUAUAUUUUAAGAGAGUGACGAUAAAUUGUUGAGAAGCUUUAAUUACAAUAUUCCAAUUUUGAUGAAACAAUCAAGAUAUUAUUCUUUCGAAUAAAAUAUGUAGAGCCCUGUCCUUGUCAUCUUCAAUGAUAGCAUUUUUGAAGUUUUUUUCGCCCCCUGAUAACUAAAGAAUGGGUAAUGGAAGAAUACAUCAUCCAAUAAAUUAAACAAACACAUGUAAAAAAAGUAACUCAACACGCCAAAAAAGAAAAUUACGAUCUAGAGAGGAGUCAUGGAAGUAACAGAUCCCAGACUAUGUAUUAAUAUUCCACAAAAUCUUCGACAGGUUUGGAUUUUUUUAAAAACCCGGAAUUUUUGAAACUUAACAUUUGACAAACUUUUGGGUACGAAAGGACGGAUUCGGACCCUCUCCACUAGCUAAAAGGUAUUUGAGGGACCGUUACAUAAUCACAACCAUUGAGAUUAAAAAUAGCGGUCUCUCCACUACUUUUUUUGUAGCGGAGAGGAUCCAAACUCCGAAAGGAUAGCACAUAAAAGCGAGGCAAGUUUAGAUGGGUUAUUUGCAAUUUGCAAAGUAAAGGGGGGGUUUUGAGCAAGACCUCGUGAGAUUUUCACCCUUUCUAUGACUACGACAUUGCUUUUCCUCGAUCAAAAUGUUCGCAUAUUCCACCAAAAAAAAAACCCCCCAAAUUUCCCCAGAAACAAUUCAAAAAUCAAAUUUGAACCUCCUCACUCGCUCACUCUCUCUCUCUCACUCAAAAGCUUCGAACUUGAAGCCCUAAAUCAACGAAAACUUGGGCGCACGGAAAAAAAAAAGAGCCCCAAAUCCUACCAAAAAUCAAAGCCAAAAUCGAAACCCUAGAUGGGUCUCUCAAUCCUCCUCCUCCUCCUCCUCUCUCUCCUCUUCACCCCGAUCUCAGCUGCCAACCUCUUCACCCUCGUCUACAAGGGCUGCGCGAGCCAGAGCUUCAGCAAUGGCGGCAGCGCCCAAACCCUAGCAACGCUCUCCUCAUCUCUGACGGCCAAGUCAGCCAGCUCCAAAUUCUACAAGACCACUUCCUCCUCCUCAGCGGGUCAGUCGAUUUCUGGGCUUUUUCAGUGCAGGGGCGAUCUGAGCAACAAAGACUGCGCUGCUUGCGUUCAGAAUUUGCUGCCGAUGCUGUCGUCUUUGUGUGGGAAUGCUGUUGCUGCUAGGGUUCAGCUCAAUGGCUGCUAUGCUCUGUACCAGGUAUCAGGAUUUCCUCAAAUCUCAGGCACCCAAAUGCUCUUCAAGACUUGUGGAUCCGGCAGUGCUGGUGAUGGAUUCGAACAGAAGAGAGAUACUGCAUUUGCCAACCUCCAGAGUGGGAUGUCGAGUGCCAAUGGGUUUUAUGCGACGAGUUAUCAGUCAGUGUACGCGAUGGCUCAGUGUGAGGGUGACUUGUCGGGUUCAGACUGUAGUGACUGUGUGCAACAAGCUGUGCAGAAGUCGGAGGUGGAGUGUGGAGGAGCGAGCUCGGGUCAGGUUUACCUGGAUAAGUGUUAUAUUAGCUAUAACUAUUAUCCUAAUGGAGUGCCCCGUGAUGGUGGUGAGGUUGGUGGAGGAGGAGGAGGAAUAGGAGGGGGACAAACAGGGAAAACCUUUGGAUUUCUAGUCAUCUGCCUUCUAUUUGCUAGAAAUCUCAUGAAGAAGAAAGAUGAUUAUUGAGUGUUGGUGGUUGGUGAUACUUUGAAUGAUUACAGAAGGUUGGAAAGUUUUGAAAUGAAUGGCUAUUCCUCUGUUUGAUUGGAUGUAUUACAGAGGGUUUUCUUGGAUUUUUCUUCAUCAGCUAUGUGAGUGUCAUCCAUCAAGAGAUUCUUUAAAGAGGAAAGAAGAGAGAAAAUAAUUGGUGCUCCAUUAUGGCCUCACUGAAAGUACAGAGAGAUUCAAUGGAUUCUUUUCAUUAGGCUAAAUGCAUGGUUUAGGCUAACUAUGUGCUUUGAUUACUUGGUUAUUAAGGCUUUUUGAACAUUGUUAGCUUUUUUUUUCUUUCUUUUUUUACUGUAUUAACGCUGAUCCAAUUUGUUAUAGGAAUUUUCUUUACCUAGUUUUCGGAUCUUUCACCCCUGUAUGUAAGCUAGUUGGUUAGUGAGGAAACCAUGCACAUAUAAUUUUUAAAAAGGGAGCUAUUCUGUUAACGUUGAACCAUUA